GAAUUUAAUCUCCUCCGGUCCAGGGAUCCUUUUUGUUCAUUAACGUAUGUCAACCACCUAGAAAUGUGCCUGGCACACAGAGGCUCUCAGUAAAUAUUUACAGAAUGAUUGGAUUUAUCUCAAGUGUUUCUUCGUCUUUGUCCCCGCUAGAAAAUGAAAAAAGGCGUGCGCUUAGUGACAGAGGUGGGGUGAGGGCUCGGUGUGCAGAAUCCUAGCCGAGACCCUGGACAGAUCCCGCCCCCCCGCCAAUCGGAGGCUCUGGAGCUACUAGACACUGGCGUCCCGAAAUCCCACCCUCUGGGCGGGCUCUGGGCCGAGCGCGCCGUGCGUGAUUGGCCGGCGGAGGUGAUGGGCCUGAGAGACAGCGAAGGAGGAGCCGCGUUCUAAGCUACCGGGCGCGGCGGUUACGCAACCGGGGGAACAGUUGGCCUGCUGGUCUCCCGGGUAGUCCACCGGAGAGGAGGACGAGGAGAGUGAGCCUGGGGCAGCGCCCCGGGGCGUGCUCAUCAGUUCGAUUAGCCCUAAAAUAUUAAUAGGGCAUUCUGGUGGGGGCGCGGAAGCCAGGUCUGAGCGUGAGUAUGGCAGAAGGGAACACCCUGAUAUCAGUGGAUUAUGAAGUUUUUGGGAAAGUGCAAGGUGUGUUUUUCCGCAAGUACACUCAGGCUGAGGGUAAAAAGCUCGGAUUAGUAGGCUGGGUCCAGAACACUGACCAGGGCACAGUGCAAGGACAAUUGCAAGGUCCCACCUCCAAAGUACGUCAUAUGCAGGAAUGGCUUGAGACAAGAGGAAGUCCCAAAUCACACAUUGAUAGAGCAAGCUUCAACAAUGAGAAAGUCAUCUUAAAGUUGGAUUACUCAGAUUUCCAAAUUGUGAAAUAACGGUCUGAAUUUAAAUUUUCUAAGAUCCUCAGUGGUUUUGUGUUUUUAUUUUUAAUAGGGAUAGAAUUAUUCUGUGUUCAAUAUUAGAAUUUGUAAGUAAGUUAUUUUAGUAUCAGAUAUUUGAUAGUUACUGUAUGUUAUGUGUAUGAUGGAAGGAUUACAACUGUACACAAUUCUAAUCAAUAAAAACACAGAACCUUC